CUCAGCCUCGGGGUAAAAUGGCGGCUUUGGCAAAGUUUUCGCCGACAGAGUGAAGUGAUCUCCGUUGUAUUUAUAUUUACCCACGUCCCCCUGCAUCUAACUACAAUAAAUAGCCAAAUAAUCUAUGGACAACUGUAUUUGGGACAAUUUGUGAUAAUUUUCGUGUGAAAAGUGGUGAAACAUACUCAACAUUGUAAACAAGAGCGAAAUUGGCAAGUUAGUGGUGUCAUUGGUAAUAAGGGCGGCCCGAUGCACGUUUCAACGAUUCCAAAUGAUGACUUCGAUGCUGCCCAGCUUUAAUCCGCCAAUAGUUAAGCGGCUGCUGGGCUGGAAGAAGGCCGAGGGCGAGGACAAAUGGAGUGAAAAAGCGGUUAAGAGUCUUGUCAAGAAGCUGAAGAAGUCGACCGGCCUCGAGGAAUUGGAGAAGGCCAUCACUACACAGAGCUGCAACACCAAGUGCAUUACAAUACCAAGGCCUAGUCCCGGUGGUGUUGGUGACAACGGUGUGCAGGGUGUGAGGGGCAAGGGAUUGCCCCACGUUAUUUACUGCCGUCUCUGGCGCUGGCCAGAUCUGCAGUCUCACCACGAGCUGCGGGCUAUCGAGCACUGCGAGUACUCGUUCACACAAAAGAGAGACGAGGUCUGCGUUAAUCCUUAUCAUUAUCAGAGAAUUCAAACACCAGUAUUGCCGGCGAUUCUCGUGCCCCGUCACAAUUUAUCGGGUGACGAGUCAGUUCUUUACAAUACAUCGUUGGAGGAGUUGAGUGUCAGUGUACCAGAGAACACCAGUUUCCACGCAACGCUGAAUCACCGCCACAAUAAUCAGCAGAGUAUAUCACAAUCACCUCAGCAACAGCAGCCAAAUAAUCCUUAUCAGGGUAUGCAGAGUAUGCAAGCAACGAGUCCAGCCAGUGUAGGGAGUCUGGGCAGUGUCCAGGGCUCACCCCAUCCAGCACCAGGCUCCAUGGAUCCACCAGCUGAUACACCACCACCUGGUUACAUCAGUGAGGAUGGAGACAAUAUGGAUCAUAAUGAUAAUAUGUCGUUAUCACGAUUGUCACCUAGUCCUGUUGAUGCUCAACCAGUUAUGUACUGCGAACCUGCUUUCUGGUGUUCCAUAAGUUAUUACGAACUGAACACGAGGGUGGGCGAGACAUUUCACGCCUCCCAGCCAAGCAUAACGGUGGAUGGUUUUACGGAUCCAAGUAAUUCCGAGCGCUUUUGUCUCGGCUUACUGUCAAACGUUAAUCGAAACACCGUGGUAGAGCAGACAAGACGGCACAUCGGUAAAGGUGUUAGACUGUACUACAUUGGUGGUGAAGUUUUUGCCGAGUGUCAGUCAGACUCCAGCAUCUUCGUACAGAGUCCAAACUGUAAUCAGCGUUACGGUUGGCAUCCCGCUACUGUUUGUAAAAUACCACCAGGCUGCAAUCUCAAGAUCUUCAACAACCAAGAGUUUGCUGCCCUCCUCUCCCAGUCAGUCUCCCAGGGUUUCGAAGCUGUCUACCAGCUCACCAGAAUGUGCACCAUCAGGAUGAGCUUUGUGAAGGGCUGGGGUGCUGAGUACCGCCGUCAGACAGUCACCUCAACUCCCUGUUGGAUCGAGUUGCAUUUAAAUGGUCCCCUCCAGUGGCUCGAUCGUGUCCUCACGCAAAUGGGCUCACCACGUCUCCCCUGCUCCUCAAUGUCCUAAUCGGGAAAAAAUAAUUCAACUUCCCAGUCCCAAAAGAGAAGAUAAUGCGAAUGAAAGUCAGCAUUUUCGAAUGCAUGGAGCCACACGACGAGUGGUUCGCAAUUAUCCAAAAAAAAAAAAUUAAUAAUCUCAGUUUUUCUCACAAUGUGCAGCAGAGAAUUUUCAUUUUCCACCGGAAACAUGAGAAAAGCAAGACAUUUAUGUACAUAAAACACAUCAAACUCAUAUAUGCUUAUGUAUAUAUGUUCAACACUGGGACGAUUCAUGGAUGAAACUCAGUCUUUUACAUAUUUUUAUCGACGAGACGUAUCAUAUACGCCCGAAUUAACAGAACAGGUGCAUAAAGGAUUAUUUAAUCUACUUGUGAGGAGUCUUGAGUUCUCACAUGUUUUAUUAUACAUAUAAUAUAUGUGUGUGUCACCCAGGAAAAUACUACAUUCAGAACCUCUGUGUAUUCAGUAUAGUCGAUGGGUAAUGUUAAUCAAUGUAGGAUCGUUUUUUUUAUUGAGGAAAUGAGACUCGUUACAGUGAUUCGUGUAAAUACAGCUCACUUUUUUAAUUUUCUGACAAUUGGGGUUUUGCAUGCGAAUUUUUUGGCAUUGGAUGGGAAAGUCGAAUGAAAAAUAUCAGAUACGUAUUUUUUUUCAAAUAAGAAUAUAAAUAUCGAAUGUUUUUCAUGACAUUCUUGUUUUUUGAUCAGGUUCUUUCAUUUAACAAAUCGUGCAGGAGCCCAAUUGCAUGUCGAUGGGGCGAGGACGAUGGAGAUAUUUGGGCAGAGGAUUUUUCAUGAGAAAGAUUUUAGGAGAGAAGUGAUAAGUCUGCUCUGCUUGAUGGAAUUGGGAAGUUUAUACGUAUUGAUGGUGUCUUGUUCUUACAGGGGCUUUUUAGUGGGGUUUGGGAGGAGCUCGGUGACGUAGAGAUGGGGCAGGAGUUUUUUGGGGAAUAUUUGGGGGCAAAGGGAGAUUCUGAGAUUUUUUGAGGGAGUAAAUGCUGUACAGUACAUGGAAUCCACUGUUUCGGUUGUUGUGUGAUUGAAGAGGAUGCGAAAAAUAUCUUGAUCGAGAGUAUUCACUUCGAAAGAUAAACAAAUAUUCUCCAUCGAGAUGAUUUUUCCCUGUAAUUUAAUCCAUUGUAGAAGGACGAACAAGAGAAUAGUGAAAACUCAGAGGUAAUCAGUGUCUCAAUGGAAUUUCAUUGUUCUAGUAUCUCUGAAUAAACUGAGAUGAUCAUGUGAAGCGAUAUCAAACCUUUACGAUAAGCGAUAAUUUGUUACUGGAGGGAACAUUUUCUCGCGCCCUCACAAGACGCAGAAUUAAUUGAGAGAAUAGAGAACAUGAGAAAGUGAGAGAGUUCUGUAUACAGUGUGCGAAAAAAAAUUAUAUUUUAUUAUAUUUCUAAAUUCACGUCGACGAGGAGCUUUUAUAAUUUUGUUGAAGAGGUGAUACGAUUAUUAUGCGGGAAAAAUUAUAUGAGUCGAGCUUUGGAUUUUAUUGAUGGGUUUGAGAGUUUUUUUCUUCUUUUAUAGUGAAAAUUGAGUAAUAAAUUGAAUUAUUAAAAAAUAUGAAAAUCAGGGGGGCCAAUCGCGGAUUUUUAAAUUAUUCAAAGAUUUUUUUUCAUGUAAUUGUCAUUCAUCCUCAUUCAUGUAUAUUAAAAUCGACAGCUUUCAGACUUUUUGUACAAUUUUUAAAAUUCAGUUGUUAUGUUUUAUCUUUUCGCUACUGAUUCCUCAAGAUUUUUUCAUUUCAUUUUUAAUUAUUCUAGAUCCAUAUACUAUGAAGAAAGAUUUUUCUUAUUUAUCGACAAAUGAAAAUACAAAAAUUGCGCAAUUCGUUUUUUCCAACACUGAAAAUAAUGUUUUUGUUUUUAAAUUUUUAAUCAGGGACUUUGAAUUAAUUUAUUGGAUGUUCAUAGCUGUCACUCCCUACCAAUUGAUUCUGACGACGAAAGAAGUGCGAAAUAGUGAUAAGAGAUUUUAUCGACGAAUUAUCAUGAUGUUAAAUGUUAGAAAAUUACCUUGCUGGUCACACGGUGUUCUUUCCACGAGGAAGAGAGUCUUGCGUGUUUUUUUUCUCAUCAAUUUAUUAUUAGUUUGAUUAAGCAUUGAAACUAUCGAGUGAUGAGUUUGAUCGAUUUAUUGAUUAAUUACGUUGAAUUCUUUUGUAAUCGACAAGUAGCUCGAAUUAAGAGAACAACAAACACUUGACAGACGUUAACAAUGCCAUGCUGUGAUAGCCACGUACUGCUUCGACGAAGAUUUUUCUCGAUAAUUGUUGACAGAUUCGAAUGCUUCCGUGAAUAAAUGAAGGGUACUUACAGUGGAGAAGUGAUAAGACUGUUCAGACUCACAUAUCACGUCUGAAUAAGACAUUAAUUACCUCCUUUAGCUGUGAAUCCGGAGGAAAAUGUGAAGACCUACAACAACAAAGUUCUAAAGAUAUUUUUCUCUGAAUCUAUUUGUCGCAAAGAUAUUAGCGUAUUAAUAUUGAUUGAGUCAAAUUCGGGUUUAAUUUGCAAUAAUCUCAUUAGCAAGUGCAUUUAGAGAAAAAUGUCGAGAGGCUUUAUCACCUAAAUACACUGGUUUCAGAGACAUUUGCGAAAUAAAGCCCCCAAUCCUAUUUUCUAUACGAAAUCCCCCAAGUUGAACUGUUUCACCUUUUCUCCACUGUAUUAAUCCACCAUGCUUCAAGUACUUGCCAAAACUUCGUUGAAGUAGGGCAACAUUUUCAAACAUAACAAGAAGAAUGAAGAUAUAUCCAUAAAUAUGUAAACCUUAUAUAUAAAUACAUAAAAACAAAAUAUUGCAA